AUGUCGGAUGAAGACGAUAAACCUCCUGCUCCUCCUGUACGGUUGACCAGUAAUAGGGGAGAUAUGCCUCCUACCUUACCUGUUGAUAGGCCACUACCAAAAGAGCCAGAAUCCGAAUCGAGUAAAAAGAAAGUUCUUAAAAACAAAAUAAAAGUGAAAAGCAAAGAGGAUAAGCCUAAUAUAUCUUAUCCUACAAAUUUUGAGCACACUGUACAUGUUGGUUUCGAUGCAGUCACAGGAGAAUUUACUGGUAUGCCAGAGCAAUGGGCAGAACUCCUAAUGUCAUCAAAUAUUAGCAAGCAGGAACAAAAAAAAAAUCCUCAAGCUGUUUUAGAUGUGCUCAAUUGGUACGAUAAUUCUACUAAGGAGAGUAAAAGCUCCAAGUUUAUGACCACAACUAAAAUGUGCGAAUUAUCUCCUAGGCCAAGCCUGCGUCAGCACGCUACUAAUUCAAACUCCAGUCAGAGCCAACAUAGUUUAUCACAUCCGUCUAGCAGUUCUCCUAGUUCUACUACUCCCGACACGGAGGCUGCUACCACUACAUCUUCUGACCAUGAAGAAGAAAUUGCUCCUCCGCCUGUGGCCGCUAGACCUGAGCGAACGAAAUCAAUUUACACGAAGCCACUGGAUGAAGAUCAUGCCAUAAUUCAAGGAACGUUAAAUAAAACAACCACUGCGUUGAACGGUAUAACAACCCCUCAAGUAUUAGACAAAAAUAAAAAUCACAAUCCACCAAUUGUAAAUAAUGGCAAUAACCCUAAUCAAAAUCAACUGGAAACUAGAACAAACAGUGACAACAAACAAAGGAAAACAAGAAUGCCGGGCGAAGGAAUUUUAGACAAGCUCAGAACUAUUGUUUCUGUUGGAGAUCCCAAUAGGAAAUAUACAAAAAUGGAAAAAAUAGGCCAAGGCGCUAGUGGAACAGUAUAUACUGCAAUAGAAACAUCUACAGGAACGGAAGUGGCCAUAAAACAAAUGGAUUUGACUCAGCAGCCUAGGCAAGAAUUAAUAAUUAAUGAAAUAUUGGUAAUGAGAGAAAACAAACAUCAAAAUGUAGUUAAUUAUUUAGAUAGCUACCUCGUUGGAGAAGAGCUAUGGGUAAAUAUCUGGUCUCUUGGAAUCAUGGCCAUUGAAAUGAUCGAAGGAGAACCUCCGUACUUGACUGAAAAUCCCCUUAGGGCUUUGUAUUUAAUAGCCACGAAUGGGAAACCCGAAAUAAAAGAAAAGGAAAAACUGUCUCAGAUAUUUCAAGACUUUUUAGAUGAGUGCCUCGAAGUAGAUGUGGAUAAACGAUCUUCGGCUAGUGAACUAUUAAAACACCAAUUUUUAAAAUUAGCAAGGCCUUUGGCAAGUUUAACUCCUCUUAUAAUGGCUGCAAAAGAAGCUGCGAAAAAUCAUUAG